UAUUAAAAUUAGGUUCUAUUUUAUGAAAGAGUAGUUAUCAUGCCCUAUGACCAGUUUUCUUUUCAAAACCAUGCAGGCAACCAUAUUCCUGAAAACAAAUUGCUCUUAGAAACAAACAUACUUCCAACAAGAUUUUGACUUCAUGUCUCCUUUCACUCGUCUUUUAUUAUUCCAGUUAGUCAGUUUAGUCAGAGUUAACAUUUGAUGAGAUGGAGACACAAGUUAAUGCGCUGUGGUUUCCUUUUAUAGAAAUUGUAUUUCCUAUUCAAAAUAUUAUCAGAGGCCGUACUUGGGGCUGUUAGUGAUGUCGCAGUCAUUGCUGAGACAAUGAUUGCUCAGUUGCAAUUGGACACUGUAGAAAACAAUCUAACUGCCAUGUUGUGUUAAAAUUAAAUAAUUCUUUCUUUGUUUCUUUUCUGCCCCCAUUCUUGCAAAAUAAAAAAAGUAUUCCCAUCAUUCUAAAGAACGUGUGGCAUACCACAAGGCUCGGCCCUAGGCCCUCAAAUGCUUAUUUCCAACAUGUAUCGCAAAACAACUGCAGCAUAGGCAAACUGCCCUUUAAAACGAUGUAGUUAUUAGAAAAUAAAUUAUUCAGCCUCUUCGUCACAGUCACACAGACACAAGGGCAAGUGCGUUGAGCAUUUUUGGUCAUGUUCAAAGUGGGACUAUUCUGAAAACAGGAACUAACUUGACUAAAAUGUACAUGACUGGAGUUUUUGUUGCAGUCGGCGGGUUUUCAGGCAGACAACAUGUGUACUGGAAAGUGCUCCCUUUUCAUUGCGAUCUCUCUGUACCCCCUGGUUCUUCUGUCCAUCCUCUGCAACAUUUUGCUCUUCUUUCCUGACUGGAGCACCAAGUAUGUCAAAGAAGAACACAUUACUAACGAAGUAAAGUACAUGGGAGGAUUCAUCGGUGGUGGUGUCCUGGUACUGAUCCCAGCACUGUACAUUCACUUGACUGGAGAACAAGGCUGCUGUGCAAAUCGCUUCGGGAUGUUCUUUUCCAUCAUAUUUGCCGCAGUGGGUGCAGCUGGUGCCGUAUACAGCUUCGUUGUGGCGUUGCUCGGCCUCUCUAACGGGCCUCUGUGCAGAACCUCAUCUGUCGCAUGGGAACAACCGUUUAUAGACAAGAACCUGAGAUAUCUGAAAAACCCUAAUUCAUGGACCGAGUGUCAAGAGCCAAAGAACGUGGUCCAGUUCAACAUAGGUCUGUUCAUCACCCUGAUGGUGGCCAGCGUUCUGCAGGGUCUCCUCUGUGCCAGCCAGGUGAUCAACGGCUUCGUCGGGUGCAUCUGUGGAACCUGCAACGACAAGCAGGAACCCUGAGUUUGUAGGCAUGAAGAGUUCAAAAAGCUGUCGCCGUGCAACAUCUGGGAAUAGGCUGCUGAUGGCUUUUUAAAGAAAAUGCUUACUUCAACACUGAUGUUCUCUUCAGCUGUAUUGGCUUGUUAUUUCCACAAUAUAUUACAAAUUCUUGAUUCUGCUUGCAGUGUAUUAAUCUGAGGAGAUAAGUGUUGGAAACACCAUGCACAUAAAUUGAAUAAUGAAAUAAAAUGUUUUAACAGGUA